AUUGGCCUGAUAUGGGUAAUCGUUCCUAACAAGAACACUCCUCCUCCUCCUCCUCAAUUACCCACCACUCCAACCAAACUUCAAACUUGAAUUGCAGCACUCCUAUACUAGUCUCUCUCUCUCUCUCUCUCUCUCUCUCUCCAAAUAUAUAUAGGUUAAAUAGAAGUCCUGCUUCGACCUUUAGAUGGCCCCUCUUACGCUAGCAGUGGGCUCAAAAAGCUCUUCCAUGGCAGAUGCAUCUAAUGGGAAAGUGCGGAAUCUACAGUUUGAAAAUAAUCGGUUUUUUGCAUCGGUCGGCACAGGAGAAGACAAGCCCUUUGAUUUUCUACGAAUUGUAUUGGAGGGUGUUAUAGCAGGAGGGAUGGCUGGAGUUGUUGUUGAAACAGCUUUAUACCCAAUAGACACAAUAAAGACGCGAAUUCAGGCUGCUCAAGGUGGUGGGAAAAUAAUUUGGAAGGGACUUUAUUCUGGACUGGCUGGAAAUAUUGCUGGUGUCCUACCGGCUUCUGCAUUAUUUGUUGGAGUUUAUGAACCAGCAAAGCAAAAAUUGUUGCAGAUUUUUCCUGAAAAUCUUAGUGCUGUUGCUCAUCUUACUGCAGGUGCUAUAGGAGGGGUUGCUGCUUCUCUUAUUCGUGUUCCAACGGAGGUUGUUAAGCAACGGAUGCAAACCAGGCAAUUUGCUUCGGCUCCGGAUGCUGUUCGUCUUAUUCUUUCCAGGGAGGGCUUUAAAGGUCUCUAUGCGGGAUACGGAUCAUUUCUACUGCGUGAUUUGCCAUUUGACGCCAUCCAAUUCUGUGUUUAUGAACAGCUUCGGAUAGGUUAUAAGCUGGCGGCAAAGAGAGAACUGAGUGAUCCAGAGAAUGCUAUCAUUGGUGCUUUUUCCGGUGCACUAACAGGGGCUAUAACUACACCCCUCGAUGUUAUUAAGACUAGGUUGAUGAUUCAGGGAUCAGCAAACCAGUACAAAGGGAUCUUUGAUUGUGUUCAAACUAUUGUCAAAGAAGAAGGACCUCCUGCUCUGUUGAAGGGCAUUGGACCAAGAGUGCUGUGGAUAGGCAUCGGCGGGUCAAUAUUCUUCGGUGUCCUUGAGAGCACAAAGCGAUAUCUUUCCAAGAGGCGACCCGAGCAGCAUCAGCAAGGAGACUCCCCAAAGCAGGAUUAAAAAUUAGCUGAAUUACAGGGGCUUAUGCGCUUAGAUUAUACAUGUUUCAUUAACAUUGUUUUCUCUUAGUUAUUUUAAUUUAUCCAGGGCCAGCUUUAUAUGAUAAGUUUUCCAUUGAUGCUACCUCAAAUGUCCAUGAAAAUCAAUGCCGGGGAAUUGUAGGAAAUUGUCAGUACCCUUGGAAUGGUUCAACUUUCUGCUUUCGUUUUCUAUUUGAGAAUAGUUCAAUUUUCUUGCUUUGAAUCA